AUGGACACCUUAUUGCAUGCAAAAAUAUUGCUGACGGCAGAAGUAGAAUCGCUGAGGACGGGUCCUUUCGACCAGACAAACGUUGGAAAGGCUGAACAUAUCAUCAGAGGUGAAUCAUAUCAGCUAGUACAGCAAUUUGUGAACCAAUUCGAGGGUAAGAUUAAUAUUUCGGGAGGAAUCUCUACAUCCAGUGUCAUUGCUGCUUUGAAUGACUUCCUUAAUGUUGAAGUUUUCAAAGUGAGUCAAGAGAAUGAGAUGCUUUUUUUGGCUAUUGCCUUCCUACAGACCUUUAUUCAGAAUAACUACACUGGUCCAGCAGCUAGGUUGAAGGCAGUCUCGAGUUUGUUUAGCAAAACCGGAAUUGAAAUAAGAGCAGUUAAUAAGGCCCUUGCGCACUCAUUGGCUAUUAUGGGCCAGCCUGCUUACGAAUUCAUGGAUGAUCCCCUGUAUUUGGUUUUGUCACUAUUGUUGCUUGAAAAGAUAACUGGCCAAAAAAGCUUGUUUACUGUUUCUCCGGAUCAAGAAGUUCCGUUACCUGUCAUCUCUGGUGAGUCUACCCCUGGUUUAUUGGCCGUAACUUAUUGGUGGUGGGCAAGAGCUCUUUUGACACAAUUGUCAUUGAUUCCAGAACCUUCCGGAUUCCAAGCUAGUGUUGCAUCUGCAAUAUAUCAAUCUGGUGACCUUGCAAUUGCGGUGAUCAAGGACUUACCAGAGAGCGUUCAUGAAGAUUUCAAAAGAGAACUAUAUGCAAUGUACUAUCUGGAAAACGUCAAAUGUUCACUGGCCAUCAACACAGAACAUUUGUGUCUGCCAUCCUUGACCAAAGCGAAAAAGAUAACAAAUUUUGAAUUUGUAAUGACAGGUGCACGAGCUACUAGAACCAAAUAUCAGCAAAAGGCUCAUGCAGGUUUGAUCAUUCUUGCCAAAUCCUUCACAUUUCAAAAUUUUGCUUUGAAAACAAAUUCUGCCACACCAGAAACAUUUUCUUUAGAGUCUGAUUUAUUAUUAGAAAAACCUCAUUUUGAAUCUAUCGCUGAUGAACCUUUAGACGAACAAAUUUAUGGUAAAAAACAGAAACUAGAUCUAAGUUCAGGUUACGAAGAAGACAAAUUAUUGCCAUUGGCACUACGCCAAGAAAAUAUCCCUAAGUCGUUACUCGAUUUAAACCCUAAUGAUCAACCUACUUUAUCUGAUUAUGACAAUAUCCAGUUACUAUUACGUCUUUACACCAUAAAGAACACAACUCCAGCCAAGGAUCCGCUUGUGGAAGAAGAACUUACCGCUUUGCUUUCUAGAAUACUGUAUCAAAAUGGUGAAAAAAAUUGGUCUAUUUUCGCCCGGUCAUUAUGGGAAAGGUCAAUUAUUGAGACGACAAAGGCUAAAACUAUUGAAAGAGGACUUUUACAAAUGCAGUCCCUGGUAGAGGAAUUGGAUUUAAAGAUUAAAAGUAAAUUGAUUCCAAGUUCAAACGAAAUUAAUGUUGCUAGCAGGCUGUCAUAUAUCCACCAGUUACCGUUCAUCCCUAGAUGGCAGCUGGAUGCCACUUUAGCUGAAAAAUAUAUGUCGCUAGGUAUUUUGAAAUCUGCUGUGGAAAUUUAUGAAAGACUAGGCAUGGCAUGUGAGACUGCAUUAUGCUAUGCCGCUGUUGGAGAUGAAAAAAAGGCAGAGGAAAUCCUUCUACAAAGAAUAAGUGAAAACGACUCGGAUGCCAGGGCCUACUCCAUUUUGGGUGACAUAAAACAGGAUCCAUCCCUAUGGGAGAAGAGUUGGGAACUUGGAAAAUACGUCAAUGCAAAAAAUUCCCUUGCAAAAUAUUACUUUAGUCCUCCUCCUAAAUCUGGAAUACAACCAAAUUACUCUGCUACUUUGAAGCAUUUAAAUGACUCAUUAAGGCAAUACCCCUUAAGCUUUGAAACGUGGUAUUUUUACGGUUGCGUUGGUCUUCAAUGUGGCAAAAUGCAAAUAGCUGCGGAGGCGUUCACCAGAUGUGUUUCAUUAGACCCUUAUCAUGCUCUUUCGUGGUCAAAUUUAAGCGCUGCAUAUACGAGAAUGGAUAAAUUGAAAGAAGCUUAUAGUUGUUUGAAAAGGGCCAUUUCUUGUGAUGCUCAAAAGAACUGGAAAAUUUGGGAGAAUUAUAUGCUUGUUGCCGUUAAGUUAAACGAAUGGGAAGAUGUCUUAACAGCAUGUAAACAAUUAGUCAGUAUCAGGAGAGAUAAAUCCGGUGAAGGUUCUAUCGACUUACCGAUUAUUGAAAAAUUAGUGGAAUUAUUAGUAACUAGCGAGUAUCCGGAGGAUCCAGAAAAAUUAUCCUAUUUUCAAAAGAGUUGUUCUGAAUUUAUCUGUAAUACUUUACCCCAAGUAAUUACCACAAGUGCAAGAUGUUGGCGAUUGGUUGCAAGAGUAGAACUCUGGAGGAAGAGACCAUGGGCCGCCCUAGAAUGCCACGAGAAGGCUUAUAGGGCUGUUUCUCAUAAUCCUGAUUUGGAAAUUGAAGAAAAGGUUUGGAAUAAUACAGUAGAUGCUUGUGAAGAUUUGGUGGCUGCGUAUGAAUCUCUUGGAGAAAUGGAAGGUAAAUAUGGGCCGGGCAGUCUGGUUUGCAAAGAUUGGAAAUACAAGUGUAGAUCCACUAUCAAAACACUAAUGAGUAAAGGCAAAGGCAGGUGGGAUGACUCUCCUGGUUGGGAUAGACUAGUGGAGGCAAGAAGCCAAAUAUGA